UGAACAGAUUCCCACCUGGCUAUCUCAGCUUAUGAAACAAGAAAGGAUAGAAUUGAAGAUAGAGAAAAAGAAGAGUAACAACAUCGAUUAUGAUUCAUAUAGAGGAGUUUCUUUGGUGUUUCUCUAUUAUUUCUUUCUGUUUUCACUUACUUCAUGGCUUCACUAGGGUUUUCUACAUGACCUUAACUUGUAAUCCUUCUUCUUCUUCAUCGCCUCCUACUCUUCCGUGGAUGCACUUCUGCUCUCCACUUCCGGUCAUGAACGGCGGCAAGACUCGAGCUUUGAAGAAUUAUUCCAGGAAUAGAAAUCAAGAAGUGGAUUCGAAAUCUAUAAGGCAGGAAGAGGUAAGAAAUACUUUUUGUUUCGAGAUGAAAGGGAGCUCUGAAGAGAAAUCGCCGUCGAGUAAUAGUAGAGAGGUGGUUAAAGUAUCUACUAAGGCUUGGAAGAGGCCAUCAAGGAUUAGUAUACCCAAGCCUUCAGUUGUUACUGAUUUUGGUGAUGUGGGUGAGGUUUUAGACAAUAAGGACUUUGAAGUUCAAGGUAGAGAUUUCUUUCUAGCUAGUAGAAGAGGAAGAAGAGCGGUCAUGGAAGAUGGAUUUAGUGUUAUAACUGAUAUCUUGGGAGAUCCUAAGCAGUCAUUUUAUGGUGUCUUUGAUGGGCAUGGAGGCCGUGCAGCUGUUGAUUAUGCUACUGAAAAUUUAGGGAAGAAUAUUGUAGUAGCUAUUGGUGAGGUUGGCGAAGCAGAAGGUCAGGUAGAACAAGCUAUUAGGAAUGGCUAUUUGACCACAGAUAAAGAUUUUCUUAGUAAGGGUCAAUGCAGUGGAGUAUGUGUAGCUACUGUAAUCUUGAAGGAUGGAGAAUUAUAUGUAGCAAAUGCUGGUGAUUGUAGAGUAGUUCUGAGUAGGAAGGGAGUUGGGGACGCAUUAACAAGUGACCACCGUGUUAACAGAGAAGAUGAGCUCUUUCGAAUUCAAAACUUGGGUGGUUAUGUGAGUUGUCGCAAUGGAGUUUGGAGAGCUCAAGAUUCAUUAGCAGUAUCUAGAGCAAUAGGAGACUUGAGUUUGAAGGAAUUGAUAAUAUCUGAACCAGAGAUUAAGAAGCUUCAUUUAACAUCGGAUUGUGACUUUCUGAUAGUGGCUUCUGAUGGACUGUGGGAUAAGGUAAGUAAUCAAGAGGCAGUUGAUGUUGUCUCAAGGCACAAGAUCACCUUAGAAUCAUGCAAAAAGCUGGUAGAUAUGUCUUCUAGCAGGGGCAGCAAGGAUGAUACAACAGUAAUGGUGAUCAAUCUUCAAAAUUUUGUGAGAUCAGGUGAACCACCAUGAUCAGAUAGUCAUGGUUAACCUCUUGUGAUGAGAAGAAGGAACUGCAUACAAAACAAUGAAGAUGAUAUAGCUUUUCUUUUUAAUUUUUAUAGUUUUAAAUUUCAUAAGAAUGAUGUAAACAAGGUGACCCAUCUGGCGCAAAAAGAGUGGAGUACCAAAGAAAGAACGGGGAGUGGCAAUCACUUGAGAAAGUAUAGAGAUUGGGAGAUAAAGAAUGAUGAAGGUAAAUAAUAAGUUGAGGUCUUUUGCAAACAGUCUAGAAUUGGAUAGAUUAUAGAACUUUGAUCAUGGGCUCCAAGGAUGGGGCAUUAUAGCUGUGGAACAAAUCUUGUACAUAUCAAAUUUACCCUUUUUUUCGGAUAUUAUUUGCCCUUUUUUUUGUCAAGUAUUAUUUAGUUCACAUUA